UAUGAAAGUCACAAGACAAAAUGGCGUAAAAGUUGUCUGACUCGAAUAGACGUGCAUUGAAAUAAUUACGCAAAAAUAGUUUAUUAAUUUUUUAACAUUAUUUACUCGGAAAUACAAUCGACAUCACAAUGACCGCGAUCCCGGGACAACUCACAUUUGAUGAAUAUGGUCGGCCUUUCAUCAUCAUUCGUGAUCAAGAAAAACAGAGAAGAUUAACCGGCAUUGAUGCCAUUAAGUCUCAUAUUUAUGCUGCUCGUAAUAUUGCCAACAUUUUGAAAACAUCUUUGGGUCCAAAAGGAUUGGAUAAAUUGAUGGUUAGUCCAGAUGGAGAUGUAACCGUCACCAACGAUGGAGCAACGAUUUUAAAACAAAUGGACGUAGAUCAUGAAAUAGCUAAGUUAAUGGUUCAGCUAUCUCAGUCUCAGGAUGAUGAAAUCGGUGAUGGAACAACAGGAGUGGUGGUUUUAGCUGGUGCCUUAAUGGAACAAGCAGAAGCUUUGUUAGAUCGAGGAAUUCAUCCCAUCAGGAUUGCUGAUGGAUUUGAAUUAGCUGCAAAUUAUGCUACUAAACAUCUCAGUCAGAUAUCUGUAAAUUCUCCGGUUGAUAUAAAAAAUCUAGAACCUUUGAUAAAGACGGCAAUGACAGCUUUAGGUUCUAAAAUAAUCAACAAAUGUCAUAGACAAAUGGCACAAAUUGCUGUGGAUGCUGUAAUGGCUGUGGCAGAUUUGGAGAAACGAGAUGUCAAUUUCGAAUUGAUUAAAAUUGAGGGUAAAGUUGGAGGAAAGUUAGAAGAUACUGUUCUAGUACGUGGAGUUGUUGUUGACAAGGACUUUAGUCAUCCUCAGAUGCCUAAGAAACUACAUGAUGUUAAGCUGGCUAUACUCACUUGUCCAUUUGAACCACCAAAACCUAAAACCAAGCAUAAGUUGGAUGUUACAUCGGUCGAAGAUUACAAAAAAUUACGAGAGUAUGAACGAGAGAAAUUCAUUGAAAUGGUUGACAAAGUAAAGAGUGCAGGAGCUACUUUGGCAAUCUGUCAAUGGGGUUUCGAUGAUGAAGCUAAUCAUUUACUACUCCAAAAAGAGUUGCCAGCAGUUCGUUGGGUUGGUGGUCCUGAAAUAGAGUUAAUUGCUAUUGCAACUGGAGGAAGAAUUGUACCAAGAUUCGAAGAAUUAACACCUGAUAAACUCGGUUAUGCCGGUGUUGUCAGAGAGUUAUCGUUUGGAACGACAAAGGAUAAGAUGCUUGUCAUCGAAGAAUGCAAAAAUUCUCGCGCUGUAACAAUCUUCAUCAGAGGAGGCAACAAAAUGAUCAUCGAAGAAGCUAAAAGAUCACUCCAUGAUGCUUUAUGUGCAGUGCGUAACCUUAUAACUGAUGACAGAAUUGUUUAUGGAGGUGGUGCAGCUGAAAUUGCAUGUGCCUUGGCUUGUGCUGAAAAAGCUGAUACCAUUGGUUCUUUGGAACAAUAUGCAUUUAGAGCUUUUGCUGAUGCCUUAGAAGCUAUUCCCAUGGCGCUAGCUGAAAACUCAGGUCUUUCUCCAGUUGAUGCGCUUGCAGAAGUAAAAGCUCAUCAAUUAGUAGAUAAAAAUCCUGCUCUGGGAAUCGAUUGUAUGAAUUGUGGAAAUCAAGACAUGAAAGCACAAAAUGUCAUCGAAACACUCAAGAGUAAAACUCAACAAAUUUUACUGGCAACACAACUGGUUAAAAUGAUUUUGAAAAUCGAUGAUGUCCGAUCACCAGUUGAUCGUGAUCAAUAAAUUAUAUUAAAAUUAAUGUGAAACAUUAAUUUAAAAUACAAAAAAACGUUACAUUUGAUUUAAAA